AUGGCACCUCGAAAGGAGAAGGAAAAGAAGGAAGAUCAAAUCAUCAACGUCGGUCCUCAGGUGGCUGAAGGAGAAAAUGCAUUUGGUGUCUGCUGUAUCUUUGCAUCCUUCAGUGACACUUUUGUCUACAUCACUGGUCUUUCUGGCAAUGAAACCAUCUGCGGUGAGACUGGUAGGAUGAAAGUAAAGGCUGACAAAGAUGAGUCCUUCCCAUACACUGCCAUGUUGGCUGCCCAGGAUGUGGCCCAGAGGUGCAAAGAGCUGGGUAUCACUGCUCUCCACAUCAAACUCUGGGCAACAGGAAGAAAUAGGACCAAGACCCCUGGACCAGGGGCCCAGGCAGCUCUCAAUGCACUUGCCUACUUGGGAAUGAAGAUUGGGCAGAUUGAGGACAUCACCCUCAUCCUCUCCAAUUGCACCCACAGGAAGGGAGGUCACCAUGGACACCAUCUGUGA